AUGGAGCACGAACUUAAGAAAACUUUCUUUUAUUCUGUUAUAUCGGAUGCGAUUUUCAAGUUUGCCCUGACAAGUCUGCAUAAAUAUGCGACGAUCAAGCCAAAAGAAGAUUUUGUUUUUAGUCCAUACAGCAUAUAUCAGGAACUUUUCUCGGUUUACCUUAUUUCCAGUGGUGAUAUUGAACAGCGUUUAAAGAACAUUCUUUAUUUGCCUAAUGUCCCAAAGUAUGAGAUGAUAAAAAACAUUAAAUUUAAUAAAUACGCCGCAAGACAUCAUAAAUACCCUACAAACCGGCCCGCAGAAUAUGAGGAUACUGCCUCUUGUGUGCCACAUUACGCGAUUCAGAAUAAAUGUACUUUUAUAAACACAAUACUUCGUGAUGACAUUGAAAUAAUAAAAAAAUUGUACAAUCUUGGAUUCUUAUCUAAAAAGAGCAAUGAUAUUCAGGAUAUAAAUAGGAAGAUCACUAAAGUUCUAGAAAUUUUGACAAAGGAUAACAUUCUUAAACCGUUGAAAUUAAAAGUAAAAACAGAAGAUUUGGAUAUUAUAUUGAUGAAUGUACAUAAUUUCCACGGUCGAAAUCAAUUAAUCCUUAAACCGAUAAGAAGUUGGAGUGUCGACCAAUUAAUAUCGAUUAUACCGAUGUCAAGCUUUCUGAAAUUUAAAACAUUUUCCAGUGAUGAAUUACAGGUAGACGUAAAAGAGUUAAUCAUCAAGAAAGAUUUCACGUCGCUGUAUAUGUUGACACCUUUUUCAUCAAUUACAUUAAACGAAAAGGUUGAAACUGAUACGAGCAGCACUAGCCUUUCCAGUUUGAUUGAAAGAUUGUCAACCAUCGAAGGAAUGCAUGUACUUCGGAAAUUGCUGUCUUGUAAAAACGAAGAAAAAGAUAAAUUACCAUUUGUUUCUACUCAGCUGAUCUUUGAAAUUGAAAAAAAUUUAGAUAUGCAAGUUCUGUUGCGAGAACUUGGCGUCGAACAGUUAUUGACGCCCGACGCGAUCCCUUUGGACAACACCUUCGCGGAAGACAAUCAAUUCGUGCACUUCGGCAAUGCCGUGCACCGUGCUCGUGUCAAGGUCACGGAGGAUAACGUCACUGCGACUGCGGUAACCUUGAUCAGUGGACAAGAACCCAGUUCGAACGAUAUUAUAAGCAACAUGUAUCUGAAUUAUCCGUUCGUCUGGCUAAUUUACGACAAAAUGAAUGCAGAUAUUCUUUAUAUCGGCGUAUUUAAUAAAGUUGACAAGAAUACCGGCACUUUAUUGAAUGAAAUCAAUUUCUCAGAAUGGUUUCACAAACAAUUGUAUGAGACAUAUCCUUCGAGUAGCUCGCGACGUUCAACCUAAUCGUCGGGAAGUUUAAAAGUCUUCAUUACUAUGAUUACUAAAAGGGGCGCCAGUUAGAAGUUUUUAGAUAUUGGCUUAAUUAUUGAGAAUUUGUUUGAAAAGACUUUACGGCAAAUCAUUUCGAAACUUUUAGGCAUUUGUUAUUAAAUUUUUACGAGUGGAAAAUUUUUUUGGCCAAAAAUAUGGACUUUGAUACCGCCUUUGAGGAAUUUUAUCCCCGGUGGCUGUUGGAAAUCGACGAGCAAUCUUGUAUCUCCAAAUUUUGUUUGAAAUUAAGAAUUAAAAAUUUUAUUAUUAUUUCUUAUAUUACAUUGUCGAUGAAGCUUUAAUAUUAGUAAAGAAAUUUAUAUAAAUAAUUUUUUUUUAUAAAUAUGUAAACAAAAUUUCCAAUCUGUAUUGUUUUGUUUUAAGCUGCAUCAUAUUGUCAAUUUCUUAAUUGUUUCUUAUUUUAUUAGUUCGUCGGCAAAAUAAUAUUAUAAAUAAUAAAAGAAAUUUUGGUUUUUCAAUUUUAAACGGAGUUUAGAGAUAUGAGAAUGCUCGCAAAUUUGCAACUUCAAUGGUUAGGCUGCAAGAUAAUUUAUAUAAGGCGCUCUUUA